UUACGUUGGUGGUGUGUAUGGUGAGAUCAAAAUUAAAUAGGCCAGAAUCUGAACUAGUGUAGUACAUGAGCACGGCACCGCCUCCAUCAAUAUAUACCAAAAGACAGUGAGCCCCACAUAUGUAACUCAAUUUAAACCAAGAUGGCUGAAGUUACGUACAUUCUUGAUGAUCUAGACUACUACUCCGAGGCUUACCAAACCUUCACUCAUUGUUCAGUCAAGACUGGAGCCAUCCAGGACUGGGUUGAUACAGCAUUUAAGGAAGAGGUCGUUGAGAAACUGUCCAAGAGAUGCCAGUCUGCAGAUCCUCUCAAAGUUUUAGGAAUCGGCAGCGGAGCUGGAAACAUUGACUGUGCUAUGCUGGAACAGCUCCUUCCGACAUUCCCUCGGAUCACCAACACCAUUGUGGAGCCCUCCGAGGCUCAGAACGACCUCUUUAAGAACCUGGUCAAGGAGAAAGAAGAUACUUUGAAGGGAGCGUCCUUUGAGUGGAGAAUGGAAACCUCAGAUCAGUACUUGGACAGGGUCUUCAGCUGUGAGGGCGGUGUUCAGCCACCAAAAUUCCACUUGAUACAUGCAGUACAUGUCCUCUAUUAUGCCGCAGACUUGAAACAGACCCUGAAGAGACUACAUGAUAUGCUUGAAGAUGGAGGCCUCCUUUUUAUUAUCGUCCUGUCUAAGCAUUCCACUAUCAUCAAAGUCCACCGUAAGAUGAACGAGAUUGUGACUGAUAUGAGACCCCUCCUGCUGACCGAUGAACAAGUCGGAGCUGCCCUGGACACCCAGAACAUGCCUUACUCCGGAGAACAGGUCACCCGCUACAUUCAAGGAACGUCCAUCUUUGGCGAGGGCUGUCAGGAGGGUGACCACCUCCUCGACUUCUUGACCCACUCUAAAAAUUUCCGCAAGAUGGCGCCAGACAAUCUCAGGGAGAGUGUCCUCAAGUACUUGAGAGAUCCUGAAUGCUCUAUAGAGAAAGAUGGUGAGGUCCUGGUCUUCAGACACUGGGUGCCCAUGUCUGUCCCCAAGUGAUUGUUCUCUACUGUGGUCCCAACAAUUCCAUUUGAGCAAGGUUAUUAUUUUCCAUCUCAAUCAGGAAAAUAUUUGAUUUUUCAAAAGUAACGCUUAUACAAUUUUAUUUUGUCCAAAAUUCUGGUCACACUUUGAUUGUAAAUUAUGCAGAAGAUACAGAAUGCAAGGUUAUGAUAUAUACAUGUUCUUUUGUAUCAUCUGUCAUCCUGGAUGUUAAUUUUUGAAUUCUCGCUAUCGCCAAUACCCCAAAUGCCCCGAUGUUAGUUUCAUGCCUCCAUUUCAAAUGCACUCUUGGAUAGCUUGGUGACUUAGUCACUUCGGUCUAUUUUGUGUUGCUGUACUGUGCCGUCCGGUCUCUGCAGAUGCCGAGUUGCGCUCCAGCUGGUAUUCAAUAGUUUCUGAGCAACCUGUUUAGUGUUUAUACACAUUGUAGUAGUUGAAUUGUGAUACGUUUCACUUUGUCUUCGGCUUGUUUUCGGAUAGUUUAUCGUAAGCAAUUUUCUGUUCUUUACAAACUGAAUUGUCAGUUGGAAUAUAGUGCAAUACUGUGAAUCUGCUGUGUACUGGUCACACAGAAAUAAACAAAAAAAUGUUUGGAGAUAUCCCUUGAUGAGAGAUGUGACUUAGGUAAUAGUCCGAACAAUCCCUACACUGCUGGCUCCAGCAUAUGUUUUGUAUAGAAGCUUUAACCUAUAUGACCUGUGCAAAUUCCCAGUCAAGUGAUUCUACAUUCUAAUAAUUAAAAAAAAAGUAGAUAUCUUUUUAUGUAACCAAAAAUUAUCUGUCUCACUCUUUCACAAGUCCAACAAAUUGUUGAUUUCAAUCUUGCCAAAUGCAAUAACUAUUUACUUCAUUUAUGCAUUUUAUCUUUACCAAGUUUGAAAUCUUUACCAUGUGUCAAAUCUUUACCAAGUGUCAGAUCGUUUUCAAGUGUCUUAUCACCCUCAUCAGUAUUUACACUCUAGCACAAAAUAUAAGGGAUACAUCCUGUGAUGGUAAUCAUGAAUUUGAUGAAAAAAGUACACCAUUAAAGGGCCCCUCCAAUCAAAAGGGGCUUAAAAUUAAAAAUAAGACAUGUAGAAGAGUUUCCCUUUUUUCAAGCUAUCCCUUGGGAAAGCAGGAAAAAAAACCAGAUAAAUAAGAAUGGGGAAUGCUUCUUGUUAAUAAGUAAAGUAUGCAAAUAUAUGUACUUAAGAAAUGUGUGACUUUUGAAAGUUGAAGUCACUAGUAGUACAUGUACAAAGAAUCUUCAAUCGACUUUGAUCAUGACUUCUAAUGUCAAACAUGAGUAUAUGAGUUAUGUAUAUAACAAGUUACUUGAGAAAAUGAUUUUCUCAAAGUUCUCAUUAUUGGAAAUGUUUUAUGUGUGAAAAUUUAUAGUGAUGUUAAUCAUAGUACAUGUGUAUGUAUAACAA